GAAAGGCAGAUUACUGUGAUUGACACUCCAGGGCUGUUUGAUACUCCAGUUGGAAAUGUGGAGAUCCAGAAGGAAAUUACUAAAUGCAUCUUCAUGGCAGCUCCAGGUCCACAUGUGUUUCUGCUGGUUCUGAAAGUCAGACAGAGAUUCUCAGAGGAGGAAAAAGGAACUGUAGAGAUAAUCCAGAACAUUUUUGGAGAAGAGUCAGUGACCUACACCAUGCUGCUGUUCACUGGAGGAGAUCUUCUUGAAGACAUGAGCAUUGAAGAGUACUUUGGAGAAGCAGGAUCUGAUAUUAGAAAUCUGAUUGAACAGUAUGGGAACAGAUUCCACAUCUUCAACAACAAACAGAUCAGAAACCGAACCCAGGUCACUGCUCUACUGGAGAAGAUCGACUCCAUGCUGGCAGUGAAUGGAGGGAGCUGCUACACUAAUGAGAUGUUCCACCAGGUGGAGAAAGAAAAUCAGGGGAGAAUCCUGAAGGAGAAAGAGGAGGAGAUCAAGCGAGAGAAAGAAGAACUGAGAGUCAGAUUUGAAGCAGAGAUAGAAAAAAAGACCACACUUCAGGAGGAAAUCAAAUACAAGAGAAAGAGAAGAGAGGAAGAGUUUAAAGAGAGAGAACAUCAACUGGAGGAAAAACACAGACAUAGAGGAGAGGAAUAUGAAAACAGAAGAAAAGAGGAUGAGAAAAGAACCACAGAGAGAGAGAGAGCUAUUUUCUCCCUGCUGGAGAGACAGCAAGCAGAAUUUGAGAGGCAAAGAUAUGAAGAUCAAAAAAGGAGAGAACAGGAGGAUGAGAAAAGGAGAGAGAGAGAAGAGCGAGAGGAGGAGAAAAGGAGAGAGAGAGAGAAUCGAGAGGAGGAAAAAAGGAGAGAGAGAGAGAAUCGAGAGGAGGAAAAAAGGAGAAAUAGAGAAGAGCGAGAGAAGAGAGAAUGGGAGGAGAGAAGAGAAGAAUAUAAAGAAAGAGAAGAAUAUAAGGGGAAGUUAGAGGAGCUGAAGAGGAAUCUUGAAGAGAAAGAGAAGAAGAGAAGUGAUCUGAAGCAGAGAAUAAAACUCUUAGAAGAGAAACACAUGAAGGAACUUGAAGAGCUAAAACACCAUCUGGAGAGCCGAAUCCAAGAGGAAGUAAAAACUAAAGAAAAGCUGAUUGAGGAACAUCAGGAGGAAAUAGAGAGAGUGAGGAAGAGCAUGGAGGAGAAGGAUCUUCAGCUGAAGAAGACGAUGGAGGAGAAACGAGCCGGUGGAAAUGGUCGAAAGCAGUACCAGAAGAAACAGAAUGAAGAAAAAUCAGAAGUCUUGAAUAAAAGAUUAAUAGAAGACCUCUUCAGGAAUCUUGGACUUGAGGACACAUUUAAGAACAGGCUUAGCAGAGCUCACUUUCUCGAAAUAACCCCAUCAUCAUUGCACAAUGAAAAUCCCAAAAACGAACAAUGUCUUGUUCAUGCUUUCAUGCAGCAAAUUUUAAAAACAGAUUACAGAGGAAGACGUUUAUCUGUCAAAUCAGAAAGACCAGCACCAAAGUCUCAACACACAGCUGGUAAAGAUGUGUUCGGUGCUCUUUUACAAAAAAAUGCUGGAAACAAAGAAAACAAACCGACUCAAGUUCAUCCAAUGGAUGUUCAGAUGGCAGUGUUUCUCUGUUCAGAUGCUUUUCUUCAGCAGAUCAUGGUAACUAAGCUCUCUCAGUGUCAGUAUGCAGUUCCUCUGCUGAUUCCAAAUCCUUUUACUGGAGAUAUUGAAUUCCCUCGUUGGACGAUGCGCCAGAUCAAUAAGAGCUGGAAGACCACAGAUACUUCAGGCAGAGUCACCAGUAAGACCCUGCCCAUGUACAAAGCUCAAACUCCAAUGGUGACGUUUUUCAAGAUUGGCUCCAUUUCCUCAUCCAAGUCUCAGCUGAUGAACAGGCUGAUCAAUGAGAAGCACGACACGUUCUUCCACAGGGACUGUCCAGGCAGCAGCAGAGAGCGUCUACUGAUGGACGGAGUGGUGGAGAUCUUCUGGUACCUCCCAUCUGGAAAAAGCACUGAUCAUUUCUCAGACUGUGUAGCGUUCUGUAAUCUACAUGGAGAUUCCAGCAUCAACGAGACUCAGAGAAAGAUUCUUACUGAAAUGUCCUCUGUGAAUGUUGUACUAUUACCUCAACUUGAUGAGAAUGACAACACUAUGGUAAUUGUGAAGGAACUUUGUGAAGGUUUAAAACCUCUCAUUGUUGUUCUGACUGAUGAAGAGGAUGAUGAUGAUGAUGAUGAUGAUGAAGAUGAUGCUGUGUGUGAGAUCGGAGAAGGGAAAUACAGAGUAUCACUGAAGGGCAGAAACCAGUCUGAUGUUUCUGUUGCUCUUAGAGAAGUUAUUAAGGACUGCCUCUCAGAACAGCCUGUGACUUUCAGUCUGGAGAAGAUAGCAGAACACUCAGAGAUUAAGGUGGAUGAGGAAAAUGAAGACUGUAAGAGAGGAAAGGAAACUGCACAAGCGAUGAUGAGAUUCCUGGAGAGAGAAGAUCCAUCAACAGUCAAAGAAAAGUAUCUGCCCUGCCAGGGAAAACUGUGGCAUGACUGGAGCCAGAAAAACAAGGACCUGCGACGUCUUAAAAGUGACAACUUAGAAUCAGAGAAAGGCGAGAAAGAAAAAGAGUUAAGAGAAAUAAGAAGGAAACAGCUGGCAUGUGGUUUCAGUGAACUCAUGAAGUUAUUUGUAGGAAGUUUAAGGUCACUGUCAGACAGUGAGAAAAAGUAUUUUCUCAAGUGGACGACAAUCCUGCUAGAUGACUUCACUUCAGAUACACUCUCUGACAUCCUUCAGGAGUACAACCAAAAAUGGUCAGAAUUGCUGGCUUUGAAAAAGAAAACACAUAAAGAAACUCAACAGAAACUAAAAUAUGAACAACUAAGUCUAGAAAAGAUCUCCAACAAGCUUAUUGCUGCCACCUUUGGAUUGGAGCACAUACUGAGAGAGAUUGGUCAGAUUUAUGAAGCUUCAGUCUCUGAGAGAAGAGAGGAUAGAGUGAAGGAUGGAGAUCUUUCUUACCUUCCUGAACUUGCUGCUGAACUCAUGAUAUCUGGCCACCAGAUGGAGCUGAUGGACGGUGAUGCUGCUCAUGUUCCUCUGGUCUGGGUUUCAGCAGUUCUGGAUGAGGUCAUCAGAAAACUGGGAGACCAGAGAGUCUUUGUGUUGUCAGUUCUGGGAAUUCAGAGCUCGGGGAAAUCCACCAUGCUCAACGCCAUGUUCAGACUCCAGUUUGCAGUCAGUGCUGGAAGGUGCACCAGAGGAGCCUUCAUGCAGCUGGUGAAAGUGUCUGAAGAGAUGAAGGGGAAAUUGAAAUUUGACUACAUUCUGGUUGUUGAUACUGAAGGUCUCAGAGCUUUAGAGCUGGCUGGAACAGAUACCAUACAUCAUGAUAAUGAACUGGCAACAUUUGUUGUAGGUCUUGGAAACAUGAAUUUGAUCAACAUCUUUGGAGGAAACCCAUCAGAGAUGCAGGACAUCCUUCAGAUUGUUGUUCAGGCCUUCAUGAGGAUGAAGAAGGUCAGACUGAAGCCCAGCUGUAUGUUUGUUCAUCAGAAUGUUACUGAUGUUGCAGCUGGAGAGAAAAUGAUGGAGGGAAGAAGCAGAUUACAAGAGAAACUGGAUGAAAUGACCAAGUUAGCAGCUAAAGAGGAAGUCUGUGAUGCAGAAUGUUUCAGUGAUGUCAUUGCAUUUAAUGUACAGAAGGAUGUGAAGUAUUUUUCUCAGCUCUGGGAGGGCAGCCCACCCAUGGCUCCACCAAACCCACACUACAGUGAAAAUGUUCAGGAGCUGAAGAGAGACAUUGUUUCUCGUGCAUCCAAAACAAACUGCAUGAAAUUAUCACAGUUUCAGCAGCGAGUGAAAGAUCUCUGGGAGGCUCUGCUGAAUGAAAACUUUGUCUUCUACUUUAGAGACACACUGGAGAUAUCAGUGUACAGGAAACUGGAGGUGGAGUAUGAGAAAUGGACCUGGAGUCUGAGGAGUGCCAUGCUGAGUAUAGAAGACAAGAUGCUGAAAAGAAUCUCCAGUGGAAAAGUGGAAGCAGUGGGAAAACAAGAGCUGGUGAGAGAAAUGUCAGAGACACUGCAGAAAGUCCAAACAGCAUUUAAAGAGUAUUUUGAAGAAGACAGUGAAAAGGAAACUCUGAUUCAGUGGAAAAGCAGAUUUGAGAAACAAAUAGAACACCUCCAUGAUGACCUUGUAGAUGAGGCCAAAAGAAAACUGGAUGAGAACAUUAAACAGAAAAACAUCCGGAAAAAUCUGGAUCAGCAGGUGAAAAAUCAUGAGAAGAUCCUCUUUGACAAAAGUAAAGAACUCGCUCUGAAGCUUAAAGAAGACAGGAGCAAAAACAGAGAUCCAGAAGCAGAAUUUGAUUCAGUGUGGGGAAAGUGGGUCACUGAUUUAACUAAAGAUGUUCCAAAAAUCAAAGAUAUAAACAUCUCAAAUGAUGUCAUUAACAUUUUGGGGGAGGGGUUUUCUGAAUAUGGUCUUGUUCUUGAUCUAAAGAAAAGAGCAGAGUACAGAAAGAUUCACACUUCUGCUGAUUACAGCAGUUAUGUUUCUAUAAAAGGGGUAAAGUUGGGACCUGUUCCUUUUUGGGUAAAGUUUCUUAAACCAGAAGAUCAGAUAUCAAUACGAGAGCUGAUUUCUAAAGUCAUCCAACAAACAACAGAAAAAGUGAAUUCAUUUCCAGUCUCAGUGCAGGGAUACAGCUCAGUCUACAUCCAGCAAAUUGUACGUGAUGUCAAACAACGAGUGCAGGAGUUUAAACCAAGACGUGACUCCUUUGAGUUUAGGAAAGAGUUCUUUGUUGAUCUCUCUCUUUAUGUGUGUGAACAAGCUGAGAAACGCUUUGUAGAACUUCACAGGAAAUACAGAGAAGCAAACGAUCCAAUUCUUUACUUCAAAAAGAAAAAAACUGAGUACUUUAAAGUCUUCAUGAACUACUAUCAGAGAGCAACAUCUGCAGCAGUGCUUGGAGACCAAAUCUGUGUUAAACUGAAAUAAUCAAUCCUGCAGAGUGUGUACAACAUGACCGCUAAAUUCAUCUGUGAUCAGAUGAGAGGAAAACCUCCAUUUAAUGGGAACAGAGGAGAUCUGGAGAAACACAUUCUGAAAUAUCUGGCAGAGCAGGAGGGAGAUAAGGAGGAGAAGUUUAAUAACUUCUUAACUUACAUGAACCAGCCUAAGACAUACUUUGAAAAUUUCAUCAGAGACAGAGUUAGACAGUACAUGGCAGCAGAAAAUCCUCAGGCAGCUUCUGUAAUAAAAGAACACAUCGACCACAAACAGAGAAUUAUCAUCAGUGCAGCAGAAAAGGCAAAAGAUGAAGUCAGACUCAUCAGUGGAGAUAUCAACAAGUGGCUGAAAAUUUUCUCCAACAGUCUUGUAGAUGAGUUAGGAGAUACCAGAGUUCACCUGAGUGAUGAUGCCACUAAGGAUGUCACUGAUUAUGAUGUUCUUGUAGAUGUUAUUAAAAAAGAGCUCUUAAUUGUUGUUAAAGUGCUGAAAGGAAGCUUCUGUAGGUUUUCAGAUCUGAGAAAGGAGAUGUUCAGAGAAAAGCCAGAGGAGAUUCUGAUUAAACACUUCUGCAGGUGCUGCUGGAAGCAGUGUCCCUUCUGUGGAGCCGUCUGUACCAACAGUCAAGAAAAUCACACUGGAGAUCACCAGGCUGAAUUUCAUCG